AUGGCGGCGGUCAUUGAGGAUGCGCAGCCCGCGACGCUGCAGAGCAUUGUGGACCAGAAGACGCUAAAGUGGGUCUUUUGUGGUGGUAAGGGUGGUGUCGGCAAGACCACGACGUCGUGCGCGCUUGCGAUCCAGCUCGCCAAGGUGCGCGAGAGCGUGCUGCUGAUUUCCACCGACCCCGCGCACAACCUGUCCGAUGCCUUUGGCCAGAAGUUUGGCCGCGAGGCGGCCAAGGUGAACGGCUUUGACAACCUGAGUGCGAUGGAGAUCGAUCCGACGAGCAGCAUGCAGGAGAUGAUCGAGCAGUCCGAGCAACAGGGCGGUGCGAUGGCGCCCUUUAUGCAGGAUCUCGCCUUUGCGAUCCCGGGUGUAGACGAGGCGAUGGGAUUUGCCGAGAUCAUGAAGCUCGUCAAGUCGAUGGAGUACAGUGUGGUGGUGUUUGACACGGCGCCGACCGGCCACACGCUGCGCUUCCUGUCCUUCCCGUCGGUGCUCGAGAAGGCGCUGGCCAAGUUUAGCUCGUUUGGCAAGAGCCUCGGCCCGAUGUUCUCGCAGCUGUCUGGCAUGAUGGGCGGCGGCGCUGGCUCGCAGGAGGACAUGUUUGCGAAGCUCGAGUCAAUGCGGCAGGUCAUCACCGAGGUCAACACGCAGUUCAAAGACGCGUCCAAGACGACCUUUGUGUGUGUGUGCAUUGCCGAGUUCCUUUCGCUCUACGAGACGGAGCGCCUGAUCCAGGAGCUGACGCAGUACGACAUCGACACCCACGCGAUUGUCUGCAACCAGCUGCUCUACCCUCCCCCGGGUUCGAGCUGCGAACAUUGCCGUGUGCGCAAGGCGAUGCAGGAGAAGUACGUCCACGAGAUGAUGGAUCUGUACGCGGAGGACUUUAAUGUCGUCAAGGUGCCCCUCCUUACCGAGGAGGUGCGUGGCCCGGCCAAGCUCGAGGCGCUCUCGCAGUAUCUCAUGACGCCGUACGAGCCGCCUAAGUAG